AUGAGUUUAAAAGCCUCCCGUCUCAGUUAGACUCAGUCAGUCUGCAGGUAGAACGUGUCUAUGAAACUCUAGUCUCACCUAACUUUUCAUUAUUUAAUCCUUUAAACAUCAAGACAAUGUGUGACAUCAAGGCAAUGUCCUUCGAACUGUCUCAAGCUUUAGACAGCCCACUUGAAUUGGAGGAGACGAGAGAAUUUGAGCCCUGCUGCCUCAACAUGACGGAUGUUCAGGACGAGGUCUUCAGACUCGAUGAGGGACUGGACCUGGUGGUUUCCCACGACCCCAAGACCAUGCAGUGCGUUGCCACCCUGCUGCUGGCGGUGAACAGGAUGAAAAAGCCCCUGACCCGCUGUAGGAAGCUCAGUGACGACGAGCUCUGCAGUGUGAUCAUGGACAGCCUGAUAGAGGAGACGAUUGUGAAGACGACCGAGGACUUCUCCUUGGGAGCGAAGAAGAAAACAUUCCUGCGUGUGAACAGCGGGAACAUCUGCACGCUGCACGACACGGAUCAGAAAGCCAUCGUCCACGGGUCGGGGGAGAUCAAACUGCAGGCCAUCACUCUGAAAGGAGGAAACUGUGAGCGCACAGUGAAUUUUAAACUGGCGAGGUACAUGAGCACUUGUGAUACUCAAUGUCAGUGUGUCCUUCUGUCCAUCACCAACAACAACUUGCACCUUUCCUGCGUCAUGAAAGACGGCAAAGCUGUGCUGAACCUGGAGGAAUGCUCCGAGGAGACUUUAAAAAACAUCUCCGAUGAUGAAAACAUGGACCGUUUCCUCUUCUACAAGAGAGUCACUGGAGUCUCUCUGACCACCUUUGAGUCGGUCCGCUUCCCUGGCUGGUUCAUCAGCACCUCCAACGACAGCGAGCAGCAGCCCGUGGAGAUGUGUGUCGCAGACGCCGCCAGACGCGUCACCAGCUUCAAAGUAAACGCCACAAACUAAACUGAGAAGUGUCUCUCGGUUUAAGGUUCAAUGUAUCCAGAAUUUUGCUUUUUUUUGGUAUUGCAUUUUACCUUUAUUCUGGCUUACUCACCACUAGAUGGUGCAAUCAUCUGCAGCUGCAUUGAUCAGACUGUCUGCGAUUGGUGAGGUUAUAAUUCAGUAAAAGUCACUAAAGACAGUUUAUAUUUAUAUUGUCUUACUCACUGACAGGAUGCUAAAUGUAUCUGCUUUGGUAAAAAAGUAACAGGAUAUUCCUUAAAAGUAUUAUUAUUAUUAUUAUUAUUAUGAUUUCUGAAAUUCAAUUUAUUUCUCUUAUUUUUGGUGGUUUUAUUGUGUUGUUGUUCCUUUUGGAGAAUGAAGGUAUGAGCAUGUUACAAGUUUAAAAGUGUGAUGAGCUGAAUAUGCCUGGUUCUGUGGAAUAAAUAUUCUUAUUUUAUGUAUUUUUGGUAGGGUUUUUUUUUUUUUUAUCAGUCGUUUGUGGUUGCAGCGUGCAGCUUUAAAUGUUUGCAUGUAGACAUUUAAAGGUAGAAAAACAACAAAAACACAAUAAAACAAAUAAAUAACAAUGUGUUGUACCCUCAAGAGGCAGUCGACACACAGAAUUAAAUCUGGUGUCAUUUUGAUUUAUUUGACUUCUUGAUUCAGUUUUAUUUGCUUGUUGUUUGAGUUGAUUUGAUGGUAAAUUAGUUGUUAAAGCUGUGAAAUCUGCGAUAUAUUUGCUUUAUUAUUGCUAAUUAUUAAUUAAUUCAUGUUUGCUUUUGUUGUCCAAAAAAAAUCAAUGUGAACGUUAUUUUCUCCAUUUAUAUUGAAUGAAUUAUGCUAUAAAUGAUCUUUCUUUCCAUAAUAAUGUUAAUAUAUAUAAAAUAAAGCCACUAAUCAUCUAUAAUUUCUUUGAUAGAAACCUGAUGCUUUUUGCUAAAUAUUGUUAUGUUUUCUAAUGCCAACAAUAAACCUUUAAACUCAAUAAA